AUUUUUGAAAAAAACAUUUUUUUUCUGUAUUGUUUAUUUUUUAAUUGACACGUGUCAUUUAAGUUUGUUUUUGUUGAAAUAAAAUUUUAAAAAAAAAAAUAAUAAUUCAUCAAUUCCCUAAUAUUUUGCAUUGCCAGAAUAAUUUAAAAAUAAAUAAAGUAAAUAAAGAAAAUUACAAAAUAUUGAAAAGUUAGUGUUCAGGAAACAAAAGUGAAAAAAAAGGAAAAAAAUUCAAAGGUGACAGUAAAUUGAAACCAUGGCACCGUCAUUAAAACUUGCGGACGAUCAACGAUUUGCUCUAAUGAAGUUUAGAAGAAGCGUACAAGAUUGUUUAAAGCCCGAACAUGACGAUCAAUUUUUAUUGAGAUGGUUGAGAGCAAGAAAAUGGGAUGCAGCAGCGGCGGAAAAAAUGCUUCGCGAUUCUAUGGAGUGGCGGAAACAAUGGGACGCAGAUAAUUUGGAAAAUUGGGACCAUCCAUUAUUUAAUGUUUAUCUUCCUCAUGGAGUGUGUGGAUAUGACAAAGACGGAGCUCCAGUGGUGAUAGUACCUUUCGCUGGACUCGACAUGUAUGGAAUACUGCACGUGGUCUCAAAAAAAGAAAUGGUUAAAAUAACGGUAAAACAUUUGGAGUGCUAUUUAAAAAUUUGCAACGAACAAGCAAAAAAACAUGGCCCUAUCGCUGGACAAAUAACAAUUAUUUUUGACAUGGAGGGUUUUAAUCUUCGUCAAUAUAUGUGGCGACCGGCUGGAGAAGUUGUUUUAGCCCUAAUUCAAAUGUACGAGUCAAAUUAUCCGGAAAUUUUGAAAACAUGUUUCAUUAUAAACGCACCGAAAGUAUUCACAUUUGCCUUCUCUAUUGCAAAAAGAUUCAUGAACGAGUACACACUUUCGAAAAUUCAAAUUAUCAAAGCCGAUCCAAAUAAAUGGAAACCGGCUAUCCUUCAACUCGUAAACGCUGAUCAACUUCCUAUGCACUUUGGCGGAACACUCACGGAUCCUGAUGGAAAUCCACGACUAACGACAAAAAUUUCUCAAGGAGGCAAAGUACCGAAAAGUAUGUACAUUAAUAAAAACGAAAAGGAAAAACAAAACGAUUUUACAACUGCCACGGUGAAGAAAGGUGAAAAAUUAAAACUAGAAUUACCCGUGAACGAAAGUGGCUCAAUUUUAAGUUGGGAAUUUCGUACCGAGGAUCAUGAUAUUAAAUUUGGAAUAUUAAGAAAAACGGAAGAGGGAGGGAAAAUGGAAAUUAUUCCAAUUCAUCGAGUUUCGGCACAUCAAAUGGAUGAAAUUGGCGUUGUUACAUGCGAGGGCUCGAGUACAUAUUCAUUCGUUUUCGACAAUUCAUACAGUUUGUUGAGAAACAAAAAAAUUCAUUAUUCCGUACGAGUUUUGCCUCCAACGAACGUUUUGGAAGAAGUGAAAAAGUGAAAAGAAAAAAAAUUAUUUUCUAUUUUCUUAUCCCAUGUGCAAUUUGUAAAUAAUUUAUUAUAAGCGAAUGAAAACGAAACAAAAAAAAAGCAACAAAAUUAUCAAUGAGAAAUAAGCCAAAAAAAAAAUUUGUAGAAUUUUUUUUUUUAUUUACUAUAUGAAUAUUAUUUUUUAAGGAAUAUUAAAAAAAAGCAAGUCAUUGAAAAUAAAAA